UUGAUAUUUUUCCCCAUCACUAUGGCCCCUGUUCUCACUCAAUUGCCCUGGUGAAGUUCCUUGUUGAUUUUUUUAUAUAUAUUUUUUUGAUCAUUUUGAAAACUAGGACUCGUGGUUUCUUUUCCUUCCUUCCGAAUUUAAAUGUGUGUGUCUCCUCGCUAAUUAAUUGCCAUGCUCCUCUGUCUGUGGCUGCAGAUUAUCGUCGAUACCCCGGAGCCGUCGCUGAAGGUGGUUAAUGUUGCUAAUGAUCAAAAGAUUGAGCUUUUUGCUGGGCAGACUGUUACACUGACGACGGACACGAGCAUACCGGCUUCUACGCAGUUUCUUCCGGUCAACUCGCCUGAUCUCACCAAGGUGGAGAAAGUUGAAGGAAACUCUGUUAUCUGCAUUUGCAAUGACAAUGCAACACUGGAUGGGGGCCGAAUCAUGGUGAAUUUGGCCAAGUAUCGCUCUGAAAUGCCAAGCAUCUUCCCUCAGGAAGAAGUAGAGGCAGAAUUAUCAAGAUGGGACCAGCCUAACCUUGUGGAUUUCGUCGAAAUUUCUUGCAUUCGCACAGCAGCAGACGUCAUCGAGAUGCGAAGCUUUCUCAGCAAGACAAGGUACAUGAGAGACACGAAAAUCAUAGCCAAGAUUGAGAGCAGACAGGGACUCGCCCAUUUCAAUUCAAUUUUAGAAGAGGCUGACGGAAUCAUGCUCUCACGAGGUGACCUUGGCUUGGCCAUCCCUAUUGAGAAGAUCGUUCAAGCUCAGAAAUACAUUGUUCGGCGGUGUAAUCUUGUUGCGAAGCCAGUGAUUGUCACCAGAGUCCUGGACAGCAUGGUUAACGUUCCUGCGCCGACGCGUGCAGAAGCCACAGAUGUCGCCAACGCAGUGCUUGAUGAGAAUGUAUUCAACAAAGAGGCCUAUUCCAAGUACUUGGCAAAGAACCUCCAAAGCCCGAUGCCAAAUACUUUAGCAGUGGCUGCAUCGGCGGUAAGAGCUGCUUCUAAAGUCAAGGCGCGCUUGAUCAUUUGCUUCACAUCGACGGGAAAAGUGCCAAGGUUGACGGCAUCGUUCCGUCCAAACAUCCCCAUCCUCUCGGUGGUUCUUCCAACCCUCAGCGUUGGCAACAAUCUCAGGUGGACUGCCUCUGGAGCCAUGCAGGCCCGCCAGACGCUCCUAUCCAGUGGUCUUAUUCCUAUUCUGGCUGAUCCACGUGGCGGACCCACCAACAAGCAUUUGCAUGAUGCAUUCCAAGUGGGGAAAAAAUUGGGACUUGUUCGACCAGUUCCAGAUGUUGUGGGAUGAGGUGGGACUUUCAAAUACCCUAACUCCACAUACUCUCUCGUUUUGCACAAUUGUCACACAGCGGAUUAAGUCACACGCAUGGAAAAGGAAUCGCUGAGGGCGUACUCACACUACAUGUACUAGCUCUCUCGUAAAUGUAUCUGACAGCAUUUAUGGAGGACCUGAAUGUAUCUGACCACAAUCACGUCCAUAAACAAAUAAAUAAAAGUCUGAACGUCCAUAAAAAAAAAAUAAAAAAAUAAAAAGUCUUGAGUAUGCCCCACAUGUCGGUAAGGAUAUUCUCGACCUUUUUGUCCUGCUUUCCCUUUUUUUUUUUUCUUUUUUUUUUUAAUCUUCCCUGCAAACCACCAGUCUGUUCCCCCCCGGGUACCUUGCUUGUUCCAACGUGCUGGUGUGAAUGCACGCCACACAAUUAUUGCGAUUUGCAUCGAGUGUAGGGAAAAGGAGAGUACAGAAGGAGCGAGGCCAGCGCUAUGCGUCCAUGAACAGAAAGAUCAGGAUUCAGGAGUACUGCUUCUUCACAGGCGAGGUCGUAACCACGUAUAAAGAAUAACAACAGAGACUCUGAGACUCCCAUGGUUAUGCUCACAGCUCCAAAUGCGCACAUUCCCGCACCUGGACACGUUUCGCCUGUGGCUGCGCACCAGGACUUGUGAAGGGAAGGGGGGGGCCCUCAUGAGCGAAGAGGGCUGUUCGAUCUUGCCACACUCCCGUGUCCACCAGACUGUCCAACCAGAGCGAAGAGGGCCGUUCAGCCUUGCCCUCGUGAGUUAUAACACGUACUACGUGCAGGUUCUUCACCCAUCCGAGUGUGCAUCUACUGGAGGGGGGGAAAGGCUGCUGGUGCCGGGCAAGCUUGUGCCUGCGGCGCUUGGGUUUUUAAGGAAGGUCUGCUGCUGCCGGGCAAGCUUGUGCCGAGGCGCUUGGGUUUUUAAGGAAGGUCUGCUGGUGCCGGGCAAGCUUGGGUUUUUAAGGCCCGGGCAGCAACGAACAUCGGGAAAGAGAGGCUCCGAAGGACUUACGAUUGAACUUAUCCUUUUUUUCCCUUUCCAUUCCUUUUUUUUUUUUUUUUUUGCUUUGGGCCAAAACCAGUCGGGUCUAUUAUGAGGAGUGGUAUGAGCAGCUCUCCUUAGUAGCCGUCCCAGUUGGCUCCGAUCUAUCGUUGGGGGGGGGGGACACUCACCUGCUGGAAACCGGGUCUAGCAUCCCUUAGAUUUGUCCUUUACAAUCGUGAUGAUUUGUCGAGUGUCUUUUUUUUCUGGUCGGCCCUUUUUUGUUUUUUCCUUUUUUUUCUUUUUUUAAUCCAUAGGAAAGACGUCGGCCAAUGUUAACUCUGUUUUUUUAGUACUCAUUCAUGCGGAAGAUCGCGGGAGGGUUCCCAUUGUCCCAUUGUUUCAGAAUCUCUGGUUUGAGCUCAAUGCAGUAAACCUGGCAAAUGUACCAGGCUGUCCGAAGCUUCUGGAACUUCAAGGCUCUGGUUCAAGGCACAAAGUCCCAAGGGCAUGGUCCCAGGAGCAUGGUCCCAAGGGCAUGGUCCCAGAAGCAUGGUCCCAGGAGCAUGGUCCCAGGAACACGGAUCCGGCAUCAUCAUCCCAAGCGCACGGCCGCAGAAGGUCCAGAAGCAGCACACCAGAUUCUGCAUAUCUGGCCGUUCAUCCUUGUCGUAGAGUGCCCGUGCCCGUGCAGCAGAACAAAGACUGCAGGCGAUUGGGAUAUCUCGACCCAGGUAGUGUGCUUCAGCUUGCUAUUUGUCUGUCUGUGCUCAAGUUUAAGUUUUAAGGAUGACUGCGGUUCGGGACCCUCGAGAGGGAAUUAUUGGUGUCUUUUUUUGAAAGUUAAGAACUUGAGAGGUGUGUUUCUUCCUCUAAUAAAGUUAAUUUGUAUCU